AUGGCCUUCAAACGGGCGAUCGAAAUCGACUUGCAAAGUUGCGGAGACAUAACUGAAGGCAACCUUGAUGCCAUGGACGAGGCGAUCGUUGAAGCCGACGACGGAGAACGUGGAAAGUGGAAACGAAAAAUCGACUUUCUCUUCGCAUGCCUGGGCUUCUCGGUAGGCUUCGGCAACGUAUGGCGAUUCCCCUACCUUUGCUUCAAAAAUGGCGGAGGCGCGUUCCUAAUUCCGUACUUCAUAUGCGUCCUCGUCACCGGGAUCCCGAUGUUCUUCCUGGAGGUCAGCAUUGGUCAGUUGAUGUCACGUGGGGGCAUCGAGGCCUGGGAGAUCAUUCCCCUCUUCAAAGGUGUCGGCUACGCGGGGAUGUUCAUUCUCUUCUGCCUUAAUUCCUAUUACAACGUCAUUCUCUCCUGGAUCUUCUUCUAUUUGUUUGCCUCAAUGGCCAAGACUGUUCCCUGGUCCACCUGCGGGAAUUCCUGGAAUACGAAGUUCUGCGUAGACGCACAAACCAACACCAGCACCAUCCCCGGCUUCAACGUCUCGCUCAUCACGGAUCCAGUUAACGAAUACUGGGAGUACGUUUAUCCACCUCGGAGCAACACGUUAGGUGGACUGAUUUUUCUGCUCUUUGUAAAUAGACGACGUGUCCUGGGCAUCUCCACAGGAAUCGACGACGUGGGAACGGUGAGAUGGGAGUUGGCUCUUUGUCUUCUGCUCGCUUGGAUCGUCGUGUUUCUUUGCAUCUUCAGAGGGAUCCGAGCUUCGGGCAAGGUACUCUAUAUCACUGCCACAAUACCAUUCAUUCUGAUGGCUAUUCUGCUUGGACGUACUGCUUCUCUGGAGGGAGCAAGAGAUGGAAUAAUUUAUUUCUUGCAGCCAAAGUGGGAGAUGUUAGGCUCGCUAGAGGUUUGGUCGGACGCCGGCACACAGAUUUUCUUCAGCUAUUCAAUCAGUCUUGGAACACUAACAGCCCUUGGGAGUUUCAACGAUUUCCAUCACAACACUGUCAGAGACACAGUUCUUUUUGCCGGACUCAACAGUCUUACAAGUUUCCUGGCCGGAUGUAUAAUAUUCUGCACGCUGGGGUACAUGUCCGUGACGUCCGGCGUGCCAAUUAAAGACGUCGCUGAGUCAGGACCCGGUCUGGCGUUUGUGGCCUAUCCAAAGGCCCUCUCGACGAUGCCACUGAGUCCGCUCUGGAGUGUCCUCUUCUUCUGCAUGCUCUUCCUCCUCGGCCUCGAUAGUCAGGCAACUGCUGAUGUUUACUUGUCUGCUUUGUGGGUGCUGAAACUCUUUGUUGGAGUUGAAGGGCUCGUGGCGGGUGUCGCCGAUAUGUUCCCUGGGGUUUUUUCAAAAAAGAAAUCGCGACUUCUCCUGACUAUCCUGUCUUGCGUGAUCUGUUUUUUCGUCGGCCUUCUAAUGGUUACGAAUGGUGGAAUAUACAUUUUCCAGUUGUUUGACUACUACGUCGGCAGUCGCAUUGUUCUUCUCGUAGCAAUGUUUGAGUGCAUUGUAAUUGGCUUUGCGUUCGGUGCUCGAAGGUUUGAAAAGUGUCUCAGGAAGAUGUACAACAGACAAUUUUUCUACUUCCCCUCUAUAAUAUACUGCGGCAUCGUCCCCUGGUUUUCAUUGGCCCUGUUUAUUUUCAGUGUAAUUGUAUAUGGCAAACUGACCUACAAGCGGUCUUCGGAUGUCUACGAAUUUCCGCAGUAUUCUGUGAUGGUUGGGUGGCUGCUUGCUUCCUGUAGCGUGAUCUGCAUUCCAAUCGUCGCAGUCUAUCGAAUAGUAAAAGCUGAAGGAACGUUCUUCCAGCGCAUUAGACUUUUGUGUCAACCGAAUUUGACAAAGUCAGCACUGCUGCAUUUGGAGGAGUCGGACGAUUUCUCGAAAAAUCUCGACGUGUCGGACAAAACAGACCAAAAUGUAUUUGAAUCUAUGGAGCUGCCGGAUGGAAGCCUGUCGCAGAGUCUGGACUCAUUUGGGCGUCAGCUUUAG